GGAAGAGAAACCUCCCGUCAACUGAAAAAGAAACCGAAUAUAGACAAACCUCCUCGGUUGAUAGUGAAACCAAGCGGUAAUUGAUCACACACCGCCCCAACAACCUCCAACCGAUGACAGUUCAUCUCCAGAACAAGUUUAUGCGUUCACCUGGACUCCACGCGUUAAAGUAAACGCGGUUUUUGCCACCGUUUCACCAUGAAUUCAUCCGGUAUGCUGUGUGACAAUGAGCGGCCGCGGCACCGACCUUUCCUGAUCGGUGUGAGCGGAGGAACGGCCAGCGGGAAGUCCACAGUAUGUGCAAAAAUCAUGGAGCUUUUGGGACAGAAUAAGGUGGAUCACCAUCAGAGGAAGGUCACUAUUGUCAGCCAGGACAGUUUCUACAGAGUUCUCACCCCAGAACAGAAGGCAAAGGCUUUGAAAGGCCAGUACAACUUUGACCAUCCAGAUGCGUUUGAUACGGAGUUCAUGUGUCAGACAUUGAAGGAUAUAGUAGAAGGGAAGGUGGUGGAGGUUCCUACAUAUGACUUUGUCACCCAUUCCAGGCUGCCAGAGAAGAUCUGUGUUUAUCCUGCUGACGUGGUGCUUUUUGAAGGGAUUCUGGUGUUUUACACACAGGAAGUCCGAGACAUGUUUCACAUGAAGCUGUUUGUGGACACAGACUCAGAUGUGCGCCUGUCUCGCAGAGUUCUGCGCGACAUGAAUAGAGGUCGAGAUCUGGAGCAGAUCCUUACGCAGUACACAACUUUUGUCAAACCAGCCUUUGAGGAGUUCUGCCUUCCGACCAAGAAAUAUGCAGAUGUCAUAAUACCCCGUGGAGUUGAUAACAUGGUGGCGAUAAACCUGAUCGUCCAGCAUAUUCAGGACAUCUUAAACGGGGACAUCUGCAAGUGGCAGAGGGGUUCGGUCAAUGGCCACAACCAUGGGCGGAGUCUAAAAAGAGGUGUGGCCGAACAUGGAGAAAACUCGAGUGGAAGUGGCAGCAACCUUAUAAAACGUCCAUUACUGGAGCCCAGCACACGACCACACUGACACCAAGAAGAGCCUGUACAUCACACACACCUAAACACUAAUCGCUGCAUGCUUCCAACCCAAUGGCUGUAGCCCAAAUCACCCCAUACCCUCAUUCACUAUUACUUAUUAAAAAAAAAGCGUUAUUAUUAUUAUUUUUUUAGCAAAAUUUAUGCCAUUUUCAGUUCGCAAUUUAAUGGAAACACCUAAUUUUACAUUCUUAACGAUCUUCAACAUCUGUCAUCAUUUACAUAAUCACAUUCAUAAUUUUGCAUAAAACAAUAGCAGCAAUCACAUCCUCCUUACCUAUAUAUAUCAUCAUAUACAUACCAAACCGUCUCUAAAGAACAAUCCCAUGACUUCGUUCUACAUUUACACUCAACAUCCUACAGUAUCUCAUCAUUUACAUAAUUAAAUUAAAAAAAAUAUUAUUAUUGUAUGCGUUAAAAAAAGUUUUGCACUAUGUAGGUGUUUCUGCGAAAUGGGUACAAGGAUACAAGGUGUAAUUUCAGCUCGCAAUUUUAAUUUGCGCAAUUUAAUGGAAAAAAACGAGUACAUUUUCACACAACGUCCUGCAAUAUCUGUCAUCAUUUACAUAAUAAUCACAUUCAAAACGUAGCAAUUUAGUCAGUAGCAAUCAAAGCCUUCUUGCCUAUAUAUUAUAUAUUAUCAUAUACAUACCAAACCGUCUUUAAAGAAUGGUCUUACGACUUCUCGACGUAUGCCCCAAGACCUGUCAAUGUGGGAAAAAACGUUUCCAUUGCAGUUUGCGAAAUAUUUCAAUUGUGCAUAAAAAAACAAAACGUUUUUGAACUAUGUAGGUGUUUUUGUGAAAUGGACACUUGUUUCCGUAGGGCAUAUUUUCAGGUUGCAGUUUUAAUUUGCGCAAUUUAAUGGAAAAACAGCUACAUUUACACUCAACAUCCUGCAAAAUCUGUCAUCAUUUACAUAAUCACGUUCAAAAUUUCAGUAAGUAAAACAGUCAGUAGCAAUCAAAGCCAUCUUACCUAUACAUUAUAUAUCAUCAUAUACAUACCAAAUCGUCCUCAAAGAAUGAUCUUACAACUUCUCGAUGUAUGCCCCAAGGCCUCUCAAUGUGGGAAAAAAAGUUUCCAUUGUAGUUUGAGAAAUAUUUCAAUUGCGUGUGUAAAAAAAGCUAAAACUUUUGCACUAUGUAGGUGCCUUUGUGAAAUGGACACCUAUCCAUAAGGUGUAUUUUUAGUUCGCAAUUGUAAUUUGCACAAUUGAAUGGAAAAAUGGCUACAUUUACACCCAAUAUCCUGCAACAUCUGUCAUAAUUUAAAUAAUAAUCAUAUUCAAAAUUGAAAUGUAUAAAAUGUCAGUAACAAUCAAAGCCUUCUUACCUAUAAGUUAUACAUCCUCAUAUUCAUACCACGCCACCUUUAAAGUAUGAUCUUACGACUCCUUAAAGUAUGUUACAUGACCUGUAAACAUGGGCAAAAAAACAUUUCUAUUGGAUCUUGUGAAAUAUUUCAAUUGUGUGCGAAAAAAAAAGUUGGCACUAUGUAGUUGUUUUUGCGAAAUAGAACCAUUUCCAUAGUGUAUUUACAGUUCGCAAUUUUAAUUUGCGCAAUUUAACGGACAAAUGGCUACAUUUACACUCAACGUCCUAUGAUAUCUGUCAUUACUUACAUAAAAUAAGUCAGUAGAAAUCACGGCCUUCUUACCUAUAUAUUAUAUAUCAUCAUUUACAUACCACACCAUUUUUAAAGAAUGAUCUUAUGACAUCUUAACGCAUGUCACAUGACCAGUAAAUGUGGAAAAAAACGUUACCGUUGCAGUUUUGCGAAACAUUUCAUUUGUGUACGUUAAAUAGUUUGUACUAUGUAGAUGUUUUUGUGAAAUGGACCCGUUUCCAUAAGGCGUAUUUUCAGUUCGUAAUUUCAAUUUGCGCAUUUGAAUGGACAUGCAGCUGUUCCUAAAUUGUCGACGUCCUACAUUUACAUAAAUCACAUUCAUAUGUGGUUAAAUUCAGUAUAUAAUAAUGGUCAGCCGCAGUCAGAACAAUGGUACAUUUUAUAGCCUUCUUAACUAUACAUAUAUAUCAACAUAUACAUACCAAAACAUCUUAAAAGAGGGUCUUAUGACUUCUUGACGUAUGCCAAGACCUGUUAAUGUGGGAAAAAAACGUUUCCAUUGCAGUUUGGGAAAUAUUUCAAUUCUGUGCAUAAAAAAAGCUAACUUUUGCACUAUAUAAUGAAAUGUAAAUUGGACUCGUUUGCAUAUAUUUUCAGUUCGCAGUUUUCAUUCGUGCAAUUUAAACGGAAAAACAGCUACAUUUACACCUAACCUCCUGCAAUAGCAGUCAUCAUUUACACAAUAAUCACAUUUCAAAUUUAGCAUAAAACAGUUCAUAGCAAUCAACGCUUUCUUGCCUAUACACUAUAUAUCAUUAUAUACAUACCAUACUGAUCUUACGACUUCUCGACGAAUGUCCCAAGACCUGUCAAUGUGGGGAAAAAAUGUUUUCAAACAUUUCAAUUGUGUGCGUAAAGAAAAAAGUUUGCACUAUGUAGUUGUUUUUGUGACUUGGACACAUUUCCAUAAGGCAAAUUUUCAGUUCGCAAUUUUAAUUUGCGCAAUUGAAUGGGCAUGCAGCUAUCUGUAAACUGUUGAUGUCCUACAUUUACAUAAAUCACAUUAACAUGUGGUUAAAUUCUGCAUAUAGAAACGAUCAGCCACAGUCAACACAAUGGUGUAUUUCAUAGCCUUAACUAUACGUUAUAUAUAUCCAGGGGCGUAGUGGACAUUUUAUGAGAUCUGGCUGUAUGAGAUUAUACAUUCAUAUAAUUAUUAAUCACCUGUUUCUAAAUGGUCUGUCUCUAAAAGUGAGGGGGACUGAUUUCCCCCGUCCCCCCCGGUUGCUACGCCCCUGUAUAUAUCAACAUAUACAUACCAAAACGUCUUUGAAGAAAGAUCUCAUGACUUGAAGUAUGGCAAAAACUUUUCCAUUACAGUGUGCGAAAUAUUUCUUUUGUGAGCGAUUUUUGCUAAAUGGAUGCAUUUUUAAUUUUAUUUACACAAUUUACUGAAAAAAAAGUUACAUUAAACUGUCAAUACUUCAUUUACAUAACCACAUUCAUCUGUGCUAAAAUUCAGCAUAUAAUAACAAUCAGCACAAAACGGUACGAUUUUCACAGCCUUCUCACCAUAAAACACAAGAUUGAAUAAUAGAGUAGCUAUAUUUAUUACAAAUACGAGAGUUUAAAUAAGGUUUUAAUCUUAAGGUUCUUGCCUUGUCUUGAUCUGUUUGGUCUGGAUAAGAACUAAAGGUUGAAGUUAAUAUAUUUAAGUGGAUUAAGGUGAUAUUUUAGUAUUCAAAAUUUUUAUCUCGCCAUCACUGAAGUGUCUCUUUACUUUUUAAUCUUCCACCUCUGUUUAAUUGAUGUCGGUACUCUACAGUCUGAAGUUUGAUCUGAACUGUGAAUAUUUAAAGAUAGAUUUUUGCAUUUUCUUGUACACUUUUUUUAACAUUAAAAUAACAUACUUAUGUGACU